AUGAUUAUUUGUAGGUUCAUGUUGUUAGUUAACUCGUUUGGUGUUUUAUUUUCAGUACCUGGUGAUGGAGGAUCCCGAAUUGAAGCAAAUCUCACUGGAAAACCAUAUGUUGUACAUUACACUUGUUCAAAAAAGACCAAAAAUUAUUUCGAUUUAUGGCUAAACCUUGAAUGUUUCAUACCUAUAGCUCUAGACUGCUGGGCAGAUAAUAUGAGAUUGGUUUUCAAUCUAACAGAUGGAAGCACAUCAAAUAUGCCUGGUGUUGACAUCCGUAUUCCUGGAUUUGGAAGUACGGAGAGCAUUGAAUGGCUUGAUAAGUCAAAAACUAGUAUCGGCAGAUAUUUUACCGAUAUCGUUAAAGCCUUAGUGUCUCUUGGCUAUAGGCGUGGUAAAGAUAUCGUUGGAGCGCCUUUCGACUGGAGAAAAGCACCCAACGAACUUACGAAUUACUAUGAAGCUCUGAGAAAAUUAAUUGAAAGGACAUAUCGUUACAACGGGAAUAAACGUGUAGUGGUGAUUGGACACAGCAUGGGAAAUCCAGUGCUCUUUUACUUGAACCGCACACUGGCUUGGAAAGACAAAUUCAUACAUUCUCAUAUAUCAAUAUCAGGAGCUUGGGGUGGUUCAAUGCAGAUAUUCAGACUGUUCGCAUCAGGGUAUAAUAUGAACCUCUACAGAGUUAUCCUUCCGCCUAGUAAACUACGAGACAUGCAGCGUUCAUUUACUAGUUCAGCGUUCCUCUUUCCCAGCUACAACGUAUGGAACAAAAGUGAAGUGAUAGGAGGAAGCGUUUUCAAGAACUAUACGCUGGGAAACGUUGAGGAAUUCUUCCAUGACAUCAAUUAUACAAAUGGCUACAAGCAAUACCAGCUAACAGGCUUCCUGCUUGGAAAUUUAGAUCCGCCUAAAGUGACUGUUCACUGUAUCUACGGGUACGAUGUUGACACCCCUGAAAGAUUCUUUUGGGCUAAAGGAUACUUUCCCGAUUAUCAACCGUCAACGAUAUAUGGGGAUGGCGACGGCACAGUGAACAGGCGAUCCCUCGAAGCUUGUGCGAAGUGGAUGGGAAAUAACGGUGACAAAAACGUCACUUUAUACCCCAUCCAAGGUGCUGACCAUAUGGGAAUAAUGGAGAAUAGUCAGGCAAUUGACAUUAUAAAAAAAGUUGUUUUUGAUCUAGUUGCAUAA